AUGGUAAUUGAGUUCUUGAAGAAAUACAUCUUUACCAGAUAUGAUACACCACGAGCAAUAAUCAGUGAUGGGGGCAAACAUUUUUGUAAUCGCCAAUUUGAGCAGUUAUUGAAAUACCGGGCAUACUGGGCUAUGAAACAAUUGAACAUGAAUUUGAAAGUCACCGGUGAAAAGCGUUUAUUGCAACUCAAUGAGCUAGAUGAAUUAAGAAUGAAAGCAUAUGAAAACUCGAAGCUUAUCAAAGAAUGCAAAAGGUGGCAUGAUCUACACAUUCAGAGACGAAAUUUCGAAGUAGGGCAGAAAGUCCUAUUAUAUAACUCGAUGCUCAAGCUUUUCCCUGGAAAAUUAAGAUCAAGGUGGUCGGGACCCUACACUGUUACUAAAGUUCUGCCAUAUGGAGCUAUACAGGUCAGCCAUGAAACAAAAGGAACAUUCACAGUUAAUGGGCAAAUGCUGAAACACUACUGGGGAGGGGAUUUCUCAAAACAAAAAUCCACCGUCCAACUCGGAAUGCCAAAUUGA